GGGUAACCGAGAAUCCUCGUCAAUAUGAAGCCACCAUACACGUAUCCACACGAAAGGGGCCUCAGGCCGUCAUGGGGAGCAUUCGACACCGCAGCGCCAAACGACGAAAGAGCACGGCGGCGGAGAUCGACAAGGCAAUCGCGAGAUUCUAACGAGUCUGAUGAAAUAAGAGUUAACCCCAAUCCCGUUUGGCCAUUACCGCUGUCGACAGGCGCACGAGGCGGUCAUGGUCGGUUCGCUCACCAGGGCCACGUUCAAUAUCGCCAGCAACUCCCCCAACCAGAGAUUUACAAUGCACAAGUCGUUGACGACGACGUCGAUGAUGAUGAUGACACAGAAGAGAGUGAUUACGCAGCUGGGGAUGUCGCGGCAGAGGUGGAAGCUCCCAAGGCCCGCGGACGAUGGGGAAGGAUUGUUGACCGCUUCGGGGCGAAACUCGGACGGAAUAACGGCAAGUCUAAGGAUGUCGGCUUGACUGGUAAUGGCAAGCAAGACAAGGAAAGCGGGCUGAAACGAAUCUACAAAAAGCUUGGCUGCUUCGGCCGCGGCAAUGGACAGAAUAAAGGGGGCCAACAACAAGAGCCACCUCAACACCAACAAGAUGAUGAAAUACCGCCAGAAGUGGGUGGGCAGGGGGUUUUGCCGCUGGGCACAAAUAUCCCGCCCGAGGUUGUUCAACAGCUCCCGGUCGCUAACCAGGCACCAGAGCCAGUCGCGGGGCCUUCAACAAUGGUCCAACGAGUAUCUACUCUUAUGGCAGAGACACGCCCUGCACCGGAUCUGCCUCCCCACCCGGCUGCUGCCCAGUCACUGGAGCAGCAAUAUCAACAACAUCAAGCAUCGGACUCGGCGAUGAACCAGAAACCACUGGACAGUUAUCUAGCGGCCAAAGCGCUGCAUCUGAUGACGGAGCCCCAUUCGGGCUUUCGAUCGCAGUCGGCUUUCAGUCUGGCUCCCGUCCAGGAAACAGAGCUGAACACAUGCAGUUCCCAAAACAGCCUGGCAACCACCACGCUCGGUCCCGACGCCAUCGCGUACCAGGUCGGACAGCAGCAGUACAACGCCCUGUCGCCACCGCCAGGCCGCCACUACAUGUCGGGCGCGCUCCAGCAGCAGGCGUACUCGCCGGGUCUGCACCCGCUACUGGGCGGCGGCGGCAGCAGUGAAGGGUUCGACAACCCGUUCGCCCACCUAAACGCCGACUUUGAUGGGCCGGCGCGGCCCAGCCGGCACCCGAUUGCGGACGCACAUGCCGAGGAGUGGCACCGGUGCGGGCCGGCGAUCCCGGAGCGGCUCAGCUCGCGGCCCUGGCGCCCGCGGUCUCGGGCCAUGCUGUCGUCGUCGUCGUCCAUGUCGCACCGGCGGCGGCAGCGCUCGAUUAUGUCGGGCUCCAGCAGCCUCGACUCGCGGCGCAUGUCGUGGAACCCCUACGACCUGCCCACGCCGCCGCAUCAGCCGCUGUUGGCCGACAUGAUGGAGCUGCUGAAGCAGCAGCAGUCGUCGUCGCGUCCCAGCACCGCCCGCGGGCCCCGUGCCAGCCGCAGCUCCAAUCUCAUGACCAACGCCGGCAGCGCCCUGGUUAAUGUCAAUGCCGCCGCCGCCGCCGCCGCCGCAAAUGCAAAUGCCAACAGAAACGGCAGCUUAAACGCCAGGAAGAGCAACCUCAGCAAUGUCAAAAACAGCAACAACGCGGCCAUCGCUGUCGUCCCCGGCCACGUCCGUGGCGUGCCCCUAUUCAGCACGGGCAGCAGCGCCGCCGGCGACUCGGCUGUGAGCGGAGUCUCGCAGGGGUCUGCGGAGGAGGCGCCGUGGGCGGACCGCAUGGCGCGGCUGAGCCGGACGACCGAAGACUCGGGCGUGGGCGUCCUGGCCGAAGAGGAACAGCAAUACAAGAACAAGACAAAACAGCAGAACCAGUACCAACAGCAGCUGCAGAAAAAUCAGCAACAGCAACAAUACCAGCCGCCGCAACAACAACACCAGCAGCAGCAACAACCACCGCAACAGCAGCUACCGCCGCCGCCGCAACAGCACAGAAAGAAAAACAGCGACGCCACGACGACAAUGGCAAUGUGGCGGGCGCGGGACAGAAACAGCAAGGCAGCCGCGGCCGUGGCCAAGGCAGAGAAGCAGCAGCAGCAGUCGCUUCACGAGAACGGCGGCGGCAGCAGCAGCAGUACUAGCAGCGCAACAGAAGCAGCAACAGGAAGAGGCCCAGCCGGAGGACCGGCCGGAGGAGGAGUCGGCCUGGGGAUCAUGAACGAGGCCUGGUGGAAGCGUAACAGCAACGGCAAGAUGGUGCCGCCGCCGCUGUCGUUGCCGCUGGUCAAGCAGCCGGCUCCGGCCCCGACCUUGGCUACAGCCUCGCAGUCGCAGCUGCAGUUGCCUCAGCAGCAGCCGCUACCGUCGCAGAAACUCCCGCUGCCGCCGCUUCCAAAGACACAGCAGCAGCAGCAGCAGAAGCGCGGCAUGAGAACGUCGAUGUGAUUGGUCCUUUACAUGUUUUUUUUUGUUCUCUUUUUCUUUUAGCAAAGGGGGG